AUAGAUUGUAAAGGGUCUGUGUUCUGUGUCAGUGUCACCUCUCUCUGAUAGAUUGUAAAGGGUCUGUGUCAGUGUCACCUCUCUCUGAUAGAUUGUAAAGGGUCUGUGUCAGUGUCACCUCUCUCUGUUAGAUUUUAAAGGGUCUGUGUUCUGUGUCAGUGUCAUCUCUCUCUGAUAGAUGUUGUCUAAGUCAUAGAGAGCCUUUCAGGUGCGCCAUCAGUUUUCUUCCCCCUGCCCUGACGAUCUCUUGCGUUUUAUAUUCCCAUGCAGGAUGCUUCAGAACAACCAGCUACGACGGGUUCCGGGCGAAGCCCUUCAGAACCUCAGGAACCUCCAGUCUCUUCGUCUGGAUGCCAACCACAUCUCCAGUGUUCCUCGGGCUGCUUCGACGGCCUCCAGUCUCUACGUCACCUGUGGCUGGAUGACAACUCCCUGACAGAGGUGCCAGCUGAUGCCCUGGGGGCCCUGACCUCCCUGCAGGCCAUGACCCUGGCUCUCAACAGAAUCACACAUAUACCUGACCGGGCCUUCACUAACCUCUCCUCCUCGUGGUCCU